AUGCCGGUUAACAGUGUACCUCCACCAGGCCUUUACACCACCGGGCCGUUCCACCACCGGGCCGUUCCACCACCGGGCCGUUCCACCACCGGGCCGUUCCUCCACCAGGCCUUUACACCAUCGGGCCGUUCCCACCACCGGGCCGUUCCUCCACCGGGCCUUUACACCAUCGGGCCGUUCCCACCACCGGGCCGUUCCACCACCGGGCCGUUCCUCCACCAGGCCUUUACACCAUCGGACCGUUCCCACCACCGGGCCGUUCCUCCACCAGGCCUUUACACCAUCGGGCUGUUCCCACCACCGGGCCGUUCCCACCACCGGGCCGUUCCUCCACCGGGCCGUUCCUCCACCAGGCCUUUACACCAUCGGACCGUUCCCACCACCGGGCCGUUCCUCCACCAGGCCUUUACACCAUCGGGCUGUUCCCACCACCGGGCCGUUCCACCACCGGGCCGUUCCUCCACCAGGCCGUUCCACCACCAGGCCGUCCCACCACCAGGCCGUUCCACCACCAGGCCGUUCCUCCACCAGGCCGUUCCACCACCAGGCCGUCCCACCACCAGGCCGUUCCACCACCAGGCCGUUCCUCCACCAGGCCGUUCCACCACCAGGCCGUUCCACCACCAGGCCGUUCCUCCACCAGGCCGUCCCACCACCAGGCCGUUCUUCCACCGGGCCUUUACACCAUCGGGCCGUUCCUCCACCGGGCCGUUCCUCCACCAGGCCUUUACACCAUCGGACCGUUCCCACCAUCGGGCCGUUCUUCCACCGGGCCUUUACACCAUCGGGCCGUUCCUCCACCGGGCCGUUCCUCCACCAGGCCUUUACACCAUCGGGCCGUUCCCACCACCGGGCCGUUCCACCACCGGGCCGUUCCUCCACCGGGCCGUUCCACCACCGGGCCGUUCCACCACCGGGCCGUUCCACCACCGGGCCGUUCCACCACCGGGCCGUUCCACCACCGGGCCGUUCCACCACCAGGCCGCUCCACCACCAGGCCGCUCCACCACCAGGCCGUUCCACCACCAGGCCGCUCCACCACCAGGCCGUUCCACCACCAGGUCGUUCCACCACCAGGUCGUUACACCACCAGGCCGUUCCUCCACCAGGCCGUUCCUCCACCAGGUCGUUCCUCCACCAGGCCGUUCCACCACCAGGCCGUUCCACCACCAGGCCGUUCCACCACCAGGCCGUUCCUCCACCAGGCCGUUCCACCACCAGGCCGUUCCACCACCAGGCCGUUCCACCACCAGGCCGUUCCUCCACCAGGCCGUUCCACCACCAGGCCGUUCCUCCACCAGGCCGUUCCUCCACCAGGCCGUUCCACCACCAGGCCGUUCCACCACCAGGCCGUCCCACCACCAGGCCGUUCCUCUCUUGACGUCAAAGCCACAAUGGGGAACUCGUCCCUCUCCCUCCUCCCCCUCUCCUCUGGACGGAACUAGUCCCUCUCCCUCCUCCCCCUCUCCUCUCAGGGGGUACUCGGCCCUCUCCCUCCUCACCCUCUCCUCUCAGGGGGUACUCGGCCCUCUCCCUCCUCCCCCUCUCCUCUCAGGGGGGGGUACUCGGCCCUCUCCCUCCUCACCCUCUCCUCUCAGGGGGUACUCGGCCCUCUCCCUCCUCACCCUCUCCUCUCAGGGGGAACUCGUCCCUCUCCCUCCUCCCCCUCUCCUCUCGGCGGAACUAGUCCCUCUCCCUCCUCCCCCUCUCCUCUCAGGGGGGGGUACUAGUCCCUCAGACCUCACCCUCUCCUCUCGGCGUAACUCGUCCCUCUCCCUCCUCCCCCUCAGCUCUCGGCGGAACUAG